CUUAGGUAUGCAUACAACUGAAUAUAGCCUGCGUGCGUCAAGACCGAGAGAGUGUUUUCAAAAAUUUAUGGAAAUGCAGGGAUUUGUUUGGCUUCCACCGUAUGUUUAAUCUGUGACACUCUUCUCGCUGCUAGCUCCUGAGAAGUCAGAGCUAAACAAACUCAACGUUUGUAACUGGGCAUGGUUGGAUACCUGAUCUCUCUGAAUGUUUACCGUGCUGCAGUUUCUGAUUUCUGUUUGAUGUAUUAACGACCUGCUUAGACCGCGAGGUUUCCCUUGCUGUUUGCCUAUAACAUCUUCACGUACGACCAAUCAAGUAACUAUAUCUUUUGGGAAAUCUUCAGAUAUAACAAGAGACGGCAGCUAUGUCUCCGUACUUGUAACAUUUUGAAAGACUGAGAUAUCUGGCUUACUCCCAGUCUUUCGUCUUGUAAAGGGUUAGACAUCCUACUUACUGCCUAGUACAAGUAGAGAUUUAGCUUGCACAUUGAAGAGAGGAGAGACAGAGGAUAAAUAAAAGUCGCCCACAUGCGCUGGAUUUGGGAACGGAAUCAGAAGAAGGUGGAAGACGCGAGCUCAGAAUCCCUACAGGCUGGUGGAAGAUGGCGGUGCUUCCCAGUUGGAGUUGGUGAGGGUAAAACUUUGGGGCGCUUUGGACUUAUUACCGGACACCUCGACUCGGCUCGAAGGACACAUGCAGGCCAAAAAACGGUAUUUAAUUCUGUUCUCUGCGGGCGCGUGUCUUAUUCUGCUCUUUUACUUCGGCGGGGUGCAUGUCCCGACGUCCAGAAGGAACUCAAACAGACGUGAUGACCGCAAUGGGUAUCAUCCCUCACUCUGGCCCCACUUUUCAGACCCCUUACAACCUUUCAUUCCCUGGGAUCAGACGGAGACGGAGGAUGAUAACAUUCACAUAUCUCCAAGGCAAAAGAGGGAUGUCAAUUCCGGCGUUUACAAAGGCAAACGUUGCCGAAUGGAGUCGUGCUUUGAUUUUUCUCUGUGCAAAAAGAACAGCUUUAAAGUUUACGUUUACCCUCAGCAGAAGGGUGAAAAAAUCUCAGAAAGUUACCAAAACAUUUUAUCCUCAAUCGAGGGCUCCAGAUUUUACACUUCUGACCCGGGACAGGCUUGCCUGUUUGUUUUGAACUUGGACACCUUAGACCGGGAUCAGUUAUCGCCCCAGUACGUGCACAAUCUAAAAUCAAAGAUUCAGAACUUGAAUCUCUGGAACAACGGUAGGAAUCAUCUGAUAUUCAAUUUGUACUCGGGGACGUGGCCGGACUACACGGAAGAUCUGGGCUUUGACAUUGGUCAGGCCAUGCUUGCUAAGGCAAGCAUCAGCACGGAAAACUUCAGACCCGGAUUCGAUGUGUCCAUUCCAUUGUUUUCAAAAGAGCAUCCAAGGACCGGAGGGGAAAGGGGAUACUUAAAGUACAAUACCAUUCCCCCGUUUAGGAAAUAUAUGCUGGUAUUCAAAGGUAAGAGAUAUCUGACUGGAAUUGGUUCCGAUACGAGGAACGCGUUGUAUCACGUUCACAAUUCGGAGGACGUAGUUCUACUCACCACCUGUAAGCACGGGAAAGACUGGCAGAAGCAUAAGGAUUCCCGCUGUGACAAAGACAACGCUGAGUAUGACAAGUAUGAUUAUAAGGAAAUGCUUCAUAACUCCACCUUCUGCCUGGUGCCCAGAGGACGUCGCCUGGGCUCCUUCCGCUUCCUGGAAGCUCUGCAGGCUGCCUGUGUGCCUGUUAUGCUGAGUAAUGGCUGGGAACUUCCCUUCUCUGAAAUCAUCGACUGGAGCACAGCGGCUGUCAUCGGGGAUGAGCGGCUACUUCUACAGAUCCCUUCCACUGUCCGCUCCAUCCACCAGGACAAAAUCCUUUCUCUCCGCCAGCAGACCCAGUUCCUGUGGGAGGCUUACUUUUCCUCUGUGCAGAAAAUAGUGCUAACUACGCUAGAGAUCAUCCAGGACAGGGUGUUGCAGCACAUGGCUCGCAGCAGCCUGAUGUGGAACAACCUUCCCGGCGGCCUCUUCACCCUGCCUCUGUACUCUACCUACCUGGGAGACUUCCCCUUCUUCUAUGCGGCCCUUGGUAUCAAACCAUAUCCCAAGUUUACAGCCGUCAUCCAUGCAGUGACGCCACUAGUAUCCCAAUCUCAACCCAUUCUCAAGCUGCUAGCUGCAGUAGCAAAGUCCCAGUACUGCGCCCAGAUUAUUGUCCUGUGGAACUGCGAUAAGCCCCUUCCUGCCAAACAUCGCUGGCCUGCCACCUCUGUACCUGUUAUAGUGAUAGAGGGAGACAGCAAGGUGAUGAGCAGCCGCUUCUUGCCCUAUGACACUAUCGUGACAGACGCAGUCCUCAGUCUGGACGAGGAUACUGUGCUCUCAACAACUGAGGUGGAUUUUGCCUUUACCGUAUGGCAGAGUUUCCCAGAGAGGAUUGUGGGAUACCCGGCUCGUAGUCAUUUCUGGGAUGCUAACAAAGAGCGGUGGGGCUACACAUCAAAGUGGACCAACGACUACUCCAUGGUGCUGACCGGAGCUGCUUUCUACCACAGAUAUUAUAACUACUUGUACACAAAUUAUUUACCGACCAGUCUGAAGAGCAUGGUCGACCAACUGUCCAACUGUGAAGACAUCUUGAUGAACUACUUGGUGUCUGCUGUCACCAAGAUGCCCCCUAUCAAGAUCACCCAGAAGAAACAAUAUAAGGAGACCAUGAUGGGGCAGACUUCCCGAGCGUCUCGGUGGGCAGACCCUGACCAUUUUGCCCAGAGGCAGACCUGCAUGAACAAAUUUGCCAGCUGGUUUGGCACUAUGCCUUUGGUCCACUCCCAAAUGAGAUUGGAUCCGGUUCUUUUUAAAGACCAGGUUUCUAUACUACGCAAGAAGUACAGAGACAUUGAAAGACUCUAACAAACUCUUAAACCCCUCUGCUACCAAAGAGGGGGACAACGGGACACAUGGAACCUGAGUUUCCUCAAAUCCCACAUUGGAUGGAGCCCAAACAGGGCACACUGAGAUCCUCACUGAGGAAAUAAUCAAGGGACAGGACAGGAGGAGUUAGUGUUGUACUUAAAUUCUGACUGCCAAAAAUGAAAAUCGGUAUGCAUCAAGAGGAUUCCAAUGAACAAAAACUUGUAGGAUUGAACCGAACCCAAAGUCUUUAAUCCUGUCAGUUUCUUCAAAACUUCUGAGGGAGCUCAGAGGUUACAUUCUACAUUCUGUACAUCUUCUUGAGCUUUUGGCAGUUGGACAAAUUUGACACAACACAGAAACUUGCCAGCGUGGGCAGUGGUUG